AUGGAAAAGGCCAAUGACCUGAAAUCGGUAUUUGGCGAGAGUACAGACGGUCCACACAUCGUUGUGAUAUGUGAAUACGACGCCCUACCUGUAAUUGGACAUGCGUGUGGACAUAACUUGAUCGCAGAGGUUGGCUUAGCAGCUGGAAUAGGCAUCAGAGCCGCCCUAAAAGGCAGCGAGAAACCGCUGGGCAAGGUAGGACAGUCAGCUGGUAUAGGUACAAGACCUGCCCUAAAAAGUAGCGAGAAAUCGCUGGACAAGCUCACGAUUCUUGGAACCCCUGCAGAAGAAGGCGGCGGUGGUAAAAUUGAUAUGAUAGAGGCAGGGGUGUUCAUGGACGUCGACGUUGCACUGAUGGCACAUCCAGCUCCAGUCAACCAGGAUGCGAUUCAUGCUCUAGCUAUUGACCAAGUUACUGUCAAAUACCAUGGACACGCUGCACAUGCUAGUGCAUUCCCCUGGAACGGAGUUAACGCCCUUGAUGCUGCUGUGUUAUGUUAUCAGAAUGUAUCUUGCCAUAGACAACAGUUUAAACCAACAUGGAGAGUUCACGGUGUUAUCAAGAACGGUGGAACGAAACCAAAUAUUAUACCUGAUCUAACAGAAUUAGAGUUUUAUGCACGAACCCCGAGUAAAGAGGAGCUAAGUGUGUUGAUGGAAAAACUAGACUUAUGCUUUAAAAGUGCUGCAACAGCUACAGGGUGCACAGUUGAGUAUCUAGUCAAGUUCUCAGUCUCAUGUUAA